AUGGCAACGCGUACUGGUUCUAAACAAGGACGUCAAGCAGCUAAAUCAAGUUUGAAGGCACCAGGAAAAGAUCAAACGAAAAAUGAAAAGCAACCAACGAAUGUAUUAGAAAUAGUUCCAGGAAAAUUUAAUGAAACAGAUUGGUUAUCAUUAUUAGAAAAUGAUGAUACCGAAGAUUUUAUUGCUGACAUAUUUGAAGGUAUAUGGGCAGAAACAUCCAGGCAAAUUCAACAGCUCUAUAUCCGACGACAACUAUUACCAUUUACACUGAUGAUGACAGAAAAUGCCUUAUCGAAUGUUAUUCAAUGGGCAUUUUUGGAAAGAGAUGAACCAAAACCAGCUACUGGUGAUUUUUGGAUAGAAGAUGCAGAACCUUCACCAUCUACAAUGGAUAAUUGGGGCGAAGGUGUUGUACCUGCAUGUCGAGAAGAACGUCCUCAAAGUGUGGAAGAAUCACCACUAUAUAUGGUCGAACGUCCAUCAACAGCUCCUCUCACUAAUCUAAUAUCUGAAAAUGCUGAUCGAAAUCAACGUCCCUCAACGGGAUCAACACUCCUAAGUGCAGCUCAUACAACUCGUUUGAGUAGCCAACGAAAAAAACUUUCACAAACAGAAAAAUCUGAUUUUAUUCGUGAACAAAAUAAACGAGAAAAAUCAAUUGAAAGUAAUGGUGAUCAUCGUACAGCAACUGAAAAAGAAUUGUCACGUGAAAAAAAUAGUAGUCUCUCAUCUUCACCACUAAAACCUUAUUUUCAUGAUGUGCUUGUUAUUGAAACACAACCACCGAAGCUUGAACCAUUAUCUGAUCUAUUCUAUCCACCACAAAUCGAUGCACAUAGUUCGUAUUUGGAUUCUACUCCAGCAACGAUAACUAGAAAACAUCGAUAUAUGCCUGCACCAAAAGCAUCAUCUCAACUUGGUUCUGAUGCAUUGGCAUCAACAACGAAUUUAACUGGAACGCCAACUACAAAAAGUUAUAGAAAACCAACUGAAUCCAAACUAUUUGAUGAUAUGGAUGUUGAAGAAGCUAUUUCGAAAGCUCCGGCUGCCGCUCAUUCAAUGUUGAAAAGUAUUCUUAGUCGACCACCAGGAUAUCGAGAACUUGAACUUGAUGAUAAUGGAAACGUAAUUUCUAUUACUAAACUUGAUCCAGAUAAAAUUACAUCAAGAAGUAUUCGUGUUAAAUGUGAUGUUAUUUCAUCACGAAAACCAACAAAUGAAAUACGUACACCACCAGCUAAACCACCAAAGAAAACAAAAUCAAAUCGAUUAGAAACAAAAUUUACAACAGUUAAACUUGUACUUCCCGAACAAUCCACUGAUGUGGGUGAUCUUAUUCAACCCGUUCCUGGUGUUCUCUAUGAAGAUGCUCGAUUGAAAAAAGGCGAUCCUCGAAGAUAUCAAACGGGCUUGUCAAAAUAUACCAAUUUCUAUGAUGAAAGUCGUCCAUUGAAACCUAUUGGUCAACGAAGUGAUCUAUCUAUAUUACAAGUAGCUAAUGAAUUAUUAUCCCAAACGAAAGAUUCUACUAGAGACGACGAUAAUGAUCGAGAUUUACAAAUACCAAAAUUACACAGACUUGCUCGAAUACCACCGAUUAUGUCUGGUUCGAGUACAUCAACAACAUAG